ACACAUACACACACACACACGCGCAUGAACACGGAUGCUGCCACUUGGUGGUGGUCUGUGAAUAUCCUUGGAAGAGGAUGCCAACUCAUCGCAAACAUUUUUCUCACGCAGUAAAUUUUUAGCAGGAAUUAUGCUUAGUGGUAGUCGUGGUAGUAGUGGUGGCAGUAAUAGUUUUAUUGAUGCUGGUGGUGGUGGAAGUAGUAGUAGUAGUAGUAGUAGUAGUAGUGGUGUUGGUAAUUGCUAUUAAUGAUGAUGAUAAUAUUUAUUUAUUGAUGAUGCUGGCAAUGGUGGAUCAAUCUUUAUUUACAAAGCCUGACUGUUUUUUUUUUUAUUUUCUAUUGUAAUCGUGGUGGUGGUCACGGAUGCUUUUUUUAUUAUUAUUCAAAUGACACACAAAACAACUAAAAUAAAAACAAAACACUCGGUACUGCAAGAGGAGGGAAAAUGCUCAGCUUGCUCACUUUUAUUCCAACUUUGUUGUAUUCCGAGCCAGCGUGACAAGCCGCUACUACGUGUUCGUUUGAUCUGCUAGAAAUAGCUGUUAAUGUUUCCCCCACAUCACGUUUCGUAGUGUGGUGGUUACUCUAGAUAAUGUAGAGAUUCUCUAUACUCUUUUACUUGUUUCAGUCAUUUGACUGCGGCCAUGCUGGAGCACCGCCCUUUAGUCGAGCAAAUCGACCUCAGGACUUAUUCUUUGUAAGCCUAGUACUUAUUCUAUCGGUGUCUUUUUGCCGAACCGCUAAGUUACGGGGACGUAAACACACCAGCAUCGGUUGUCAAGCGAUGUUGGGGGGACAAACACAGACAGACAAACAUAUACACACACAUACAUAUAUAUAUACAUAUAUAUUCUAUGCAGGAAAAAGAGAAGAAUGUUUUUGAUUAUAAGUUUUGUUCAAUCGGGGCUGACUUAUAAACUAAAUAACAACUUUGUGUUCAAAAACACUUGUUUAUGUGUAUUUUAUGGUGUGUGUGUGUGUUCUGUAAUCCUUGAUGGUACGGAAUCAGAUGCAAAGAUUUAUUGAAAUGAAAUAUAAAAUUCUUUGACUGGUAAUCGAACUCGUGGUUCCGCAGACUUGCCUCACCUCACCUCACCGAAUCUUGUAGGCACGAAGGGGGCUUGCUUACAAGACAUACUCUUUCUCGGGCUCUCAUACAAAACAAACUUGCACAUGAAUGUUGGGGAUUGUGUGACAGUCAUGCUGUUCGAAACUGAAUUCAAAAUAUUAAUAAUCGAUCUGAAUUCGAAGGAAGGGCUUCUCCCAUUCAACAAUGUUUGUCAGGUUUCUGUCUUUACGCAGUUGCUCGACCUGUUAGGAAGGCAAGUUGCUAAUUUCCUUCAGAGCAAUCCACAGCUUCUUUUUCCGUUUUUCUUUUUUAUUUAUAGGAAUGUCCUAAUGGAUAAUGUAGUAAUGUAGUCCCAGUUUUCUAAAUGACUAGGAAGUAAUGAUUGAAACGCUUUGAUCAAUAAGCCUUGCUUAGUCAAGGAAUAUGUGACGGGUACCUAAUAGUAACAAUACACACACACACAGAGUGCAGAAUAAGAUGUGUUGCAGCCUGGUUUCUUAUUUUGCUUCCACGUUUAUUAGUGAUUCCAUUCCAGUUGUGUGUGCUACUAAAGCAUUUUUGAGUCAAAAGCGCAAUAUUAUUGCACACCCCUUCCGUUCACUUCUCUCUCUCUCUCUCUCUCUCUCUCUAUUUCUCUCUCUGUCUCUCUCUCUCUUACUGUGGAUAAGUUAAAAUAGCGGGACCAUCGGAUGAUGUAUAUCGGGAUAUCCGAAGUGAACACCACCGCCUUCGAAGAGGCGUUGGGUUCGCUUGUAGUUAGUGUUGGCGGGGUUGUGUUUUACUCGACUGAAAGCAUUCCUAAGGGGGCGUUGUGUUGAUUUGUUACCUCCCUCUCUUUGAAAUUUCCUGUGUCAUUAUCUUCUGUAGAUCGUUGUGUGUGUGUGUGUGACCUCCCCAUCACUUUUCUGGGUGAUGCUAAAGGGUUGGGGGAUAGGAAGCAUUUGGGAUCAUGUGUACAGCGAUAAAGGAAGGGAAAGGAGGAAUUUUUUUUUUUCUGGUCUGAGCAAUUGACUUUAUUGUAUUUACUAUAUUUCUGGUUAUUGUAUUAUUGAGAGAAGACAGUGUGAACAUUUUAUAUAAGGUGGCGUUGGCGGUGGUGAUGGACAUGUGCAGGAAAAAAUGUGGGCACGUAGGGAAUUCCAUAGAGAAGAAAUGAUUAGGGAUAAAUAAUUGAUCUUUAUUUAAGACACAGUGGAUAUAAAUGAUUUAUCUUUAGAUAAGACACUGUAAGGAUAAAUAAUCCCCAAUAUUUAAGACAGUGGGUAUAAAUGAUUUAAUCUCUAUACAAGAUACACUUAGCAUAAAUGAUUUAUCUCUCUGAAUAAGACAGAAUAGGUAUGAAUAAUGUAUUUUCAUACAAGUCAGAAGGGAUAUAAAUAUCUCCAUAUAAGUCAUAUAAAUAGUUUAUCCCUAUAUAGAUACAGUGGGUAUAAAUAAUAUAUUCUUAUACAAGCAUCACACUGGGGUAUGAUUUAUUCCUAUAUAAGACACAAUGUGUAAAAAUUAUUGGUUUAGUGUAAGAAUUGGAGUAUGGGGCAUUGUGCUGUUAAGUGGUACACUUUUUGAAUGUAUCGUCCUCGGUUCGAUCCUGCUGCAUAGCAAUUUGAGCUAGUGUUUUUUCUGUUUCUUUAAGUUGGCCAAUAAUUUUCAGAGUGGAAUUUGAUAGAUAUAAACUGUGCUUUAUAUAUAUUUAUUUGUGCUUGGGUGUCUUUCAAUGGAGUAAAUAUAAGAAAACGGGCGCUUUUCUGAUCAAGUCUUUUGCAAUCUUUGUUCUUUACCAAGUUGCAUAUACUCAAUCUCUUGUUACCCAUGCUGUCACAAAUGCAGUGAAUCAGGUUUCCAACCUCUCUAACCACUAACUUAUUCUGUUGUUCAUCAAUUGUUAUGUAAAAUAUGACAGUUGACCAGUAGUUCUUAAGUUUUGUCAUUAUUAGUUCCUGUUUUAUUGUCUGUGGCCAAGAUUUUAAUCAUAUUAUAUCUGAGAAUCACUUCGUUCUGUCACAGUAGGUACACUGGAGGUAGUGUUGAUGAAUUGACUUGCAAGGCUUGCAAUGCAUGGUUCAGUUCCUAGCUAUCUGAGAGUCAAGUGCCUUAUCCCCAUUUUUUGUUUGUUUUCUUCCAGGCUUUACUUAAAAGAUGUAAGGCUCUGCUCAUAAUCCUUUUCAGAAGCCUUGGUGGUUAAUGUGAAGAUAAAUGGAAGUUAUCUUCAGGCCCGAAGAAGCACUCAGUUGUGUGCUGGUGUUGGUCUCUCAUCCUCUGCUUAAAUACUAAGGACAUUUUAGCCACAGGGGAGCUUCUAUGCAAUCACUCGACUUGCUAGAAAUGAUAGUAAAGCUCUCCCCCAGAUUAAAAAAAAAUGGUGCAUUCAACUAGCUGGAAAUGAUGGAAUGGCCAAUGAUUGGAAUGCUUUUAAUUAUAAUCCUGCACAAUCAGUGUUAACUUACCAAACAAUGAGAGAAUAGGGACUGAGCAGAAAGUGCUAAUAUAAUGUGGCAAAUAUGAUUGAUGUGAAUCAAGACUAAUUGUAUCAAGGCAACUUAAAGUGUUGAACAAAGUUUUGCGAAAUCAAGAACAAGGGAGACAACUGGAAAUACAUUAGAUGCAUAGUUUUUUUUUUAACCCUUUUGUUACCAUAUUUCUGUCGAAAUACUCUGUAGUAAUAUAACCUUAUAAUUUGUAUACUGAUGUUUGGGACAUCAAUUAACAUGAAAUUUAAUUUAAGAACAGAAAGUUUGUAUCAUAGAACCAGGGGUUAUCUCUAGCAGUUUGUUAUCGAAAGGGUUAAAGUUACCAGAUACUCUGCUUCCUGGAUCACAAAUACUGUUGCCCCAUUUUCUCCCUUCUAUGACUUCUACACUAACCUCUCUCUCUUUGGUCUUGUGUCAGUUCCACAAAAAAAUGUCUACCUUGACUUGUAUACUACGUUGGUCUGCAUGACAAAAAAAUAGGGUACGUAAAUAAGAUUGCAAUAUUUGGCUCCCGAAGGGUCUCUCAGACCGCUGGAUAUAACAAACGUAACCUUUGCUCCUGCCCUAACUAUUUAAAAACAAAAACAAACAAGAAAAGAAUGUCAUAUUCCAUGGACUCUUGUGACUCAGAAUAAUGGUUAUCUUUAAUUUGAUUCAGUCAUUAGACUGGCCAUGCUGGGGCACUGCCUUGAAGAAUUUUUAGUUAAAUGAAUUGACCCCAGUACUUAUUUUGCUUUAAGCCUAGUACCUAUUCUAUCAACCUCUGAGCUACACUGAUGUAAACACACUAACACAGGUUGUCAAUCUGUGGUGGGGAACAAACAAAGACUCGCACACAAAUACACACACAUACAUACAACAGGCUUCUGUCAGUUUCUGUCUACCAAAUCCACUCACAUGGCUUUGGUUAGCCUGGGGCUAUAGAAGAAGACACUUACCCAUGAUGCCAUGCAGUAAGAUUGAACCCAGGACCAUGUGGUUGGGAAGCAAACUCCUUACCACACAGCCAUGCCUGAUUUUUUUUAAUGUUUAUUUUCACAUGCUUUCCCAUGCUGGCAUAGUUGAAAUAAAUAUAUUAUUAAAGCCUUAUUUUACAGCUGGAUGCCUUUCCUGUUGCAAACCCUUACCUGUUUCAAGUUAGGGAUUUCUUAUUCCCAAAGGUGGGAAAUGACAACAAUGUCACAACUUGUAAACACACAAAUAUGUACUAGCUGUGUGUUACUCAAUUUAUUUGUUGAAAUUUGGACUUAAUACCUACCUAUCUACUGAACUUUCCAGGCAACCACUCGUAACCGUGGUUCCACUGGAGUCAACAUUGUAAAGAAAGAAACAAAUAAGAACAAAAAUCAAAAAGAAAAAAAUAUACCUUCAAAGAACCACCAAUGAACUAUGUGGCCCAUUAUAGGCCACCCAACUUUAACGAGUUUGUUAACGGUGUGCUUAUUAAACCCUACCUUGGUCUCUUUACUGGCGUUUGCUUCGGUAUUCGACAACUUGCCUGCAAAUUAUCGCGCCUGUAACAUCAAACCGGUCUUCAAAGAUUCACCAUUCAUUAAAGCCUUCACAGAAGUGGCCGAAAACGGUCACGGUUGUUUCAGCAAUGAAACUGUCAACGGCAGUGAAGUCCAUGUUGUCUUCUUAAGUAACCGCUUCAGGAUCAAUGGAGAAGUUUACCUGGAAAUAAUCACAAAAAAUAAAAGGCAAAGCCAUCCUAAUCCAUUAAUUAUUAUCCUGGGAUCCCGGAAGCAAGUAACAUGGAAGAUUCGCUUACCAAAUAUAGACAGUGGCAGAGGUGAACAUCUAAUUGUUACAUAUCUCCGUUCGACGGUAAAGUUCAUCAAAAAGUUGGAUUACGUAGACAUCAGUAAAUAUGGAAACUUUCCAACCCGUGCCAAGAAACUUCUGAAAUGGGUUAAGAACAAAUAUCAGGUCAUUACAUCAUACACUCGAUUUCAUUCCAGGAGUCGACAUCUUCGGCUGCAAGUCGGAAUAAAUUCAAAAGCACCAUCACAGUGCAUUUCACAGAAGAAUGCAGAAAUGCCUUAUGCAUCUACAAUUUCCUACAAUAGCAUACCGUUUGGAGGUUGUGCAGUAACCACAAACCAAGACUAUUCUUUCAGCCCAAAACAUAUAAUUGAGGUUAGCGGAGCCAGGAAAUCACCCUUAAAUGAAAUCAUUAUUGAACUUCGGCCUUACAAUGUUAAAAACCCAAAUGUUAGAAUAACACUUGUAUUGAAAGCAGCGGAUGAUAAUGUUGUUUGGGUUAUUCGUUCACGCAAAAUUAUGGGUUCCUUGGAUAUUUAUUCUAAUAAUGGAGUGAAAACUGAACACGUGAUGAUGCAACGAGUUGCACAGAACAGGGAAAAGCUGUAUGAAAGUGGACACAAAUUAGUGAACUGGGUAGGAGAACACACCUAUGGUUAUAUAUCAUCCUACACCAACGUCUCUCGUGUGGACAAGAUCACACUUUCUGUGGAAGGCACCACAUUAGACCAAUCCUUCAAACUAGACAAACCAAAGAAGUCGAAACCAGAGAUAGAAGAUCCUUCCCAUGUGUCUCCGUUUGCAAACCCUGUUAAAACGAAAGCAGCACUCCAAGCGGCAAUGCAGACAUCAUGUUUUCCUGAUGGCCUUGUAGUUCAUAUUAACAGAAGUCUAACAAAGAUGUAUGGUUUGAAACAUGAUCAGAUCACACUGGAUGACCCAAUCUGCCGUGCCGAGAAGAUCAACAACUAUUUUGUGUUGAGAUCCAGCUACAGUGACUGUCAGACCAUUCCUCAUAAAAGUUCUCCACUUAAAUAUUCUAAUAAGCUUAAAAUUCACCACACACGGAUAUCUCAGCCUUUACAACCUCUACAACCUUCCAAAGUGACUCAGUUCGAAGGUUCUGGCAUUCGGAACGACGCCAGCGACGGCACCGACGACGACGACGAUGACAACUAUGAGAAAAAGCAAGGUUCUGGCUCCGGCUAUUUGCUUCCUCUCGAUGAUACACACAUGGAUGAUGAAGACUACCGCUUCCAAAAUAUCAUGAUUGAUUUCAGCUGCUCCCCCAGCAAAAAGAUAACUCCCAACUUGAAAUAUAAUCUUGAUUUCUAUGAUGAUCCUUUGUACAGUAACCUUUAUGAUAGCUCACCUUUCUAUACGACCAAAGAGAAGUACAUUUACGUUAAAGCAAGGGUUUCUGGAGAUUCACAUUAUGGAGUGCAAGUAUUGAAUUGUGCCUUGACGGAAUAUGGAAGAAGUAUACAACCAUUGCUGGACAAGGGGUGUCCUUCCCUUCAUAGUGGACUCAAGUGGCAACUGAAUAGUCAAUUAGGUACUGAGUAUUUCAGUUUUCGGGUGAACCCACAUGUUGCUGAAGGCACUGAACAUCACCUGAGUUGUACAGUAAUUGCAUGUGCCAAAGAUAUCACUCUGGAAACUGGGACAUGGAAAACUCGUCAGUGCAUUGCUCCAAAAGAAUUUUGCUCUGCUUAUGAGGAGCAUAAUAGCUUUGUUGGGGUGCAGUUAGUGAAAGUUAUAAGCGAGGGAUCUUUCAUUGUUCACUCAGGAAAAUCUUUAUCACGCAAUAAAAAUAACAGACUUCCAAGUAAAACCAGUAUUAAACAGGUCACUGUACAAGGCCUGGAAUCAGGCACAGUAAUUGGAAUAGCUUUUUCAGCAUUUAUCAUUGGUGUGCUUCUGACUGCCACUUUGUGGUUCAUACAGGUAUAUACAGACCCACAAAAGCGAGAAGCUAAGAGACGCAUAGAGGGCUCAACAACAGAGACCAGUGCAGAUUCUACACCAUGCUCGUUCAGUCCAAUCUCUAUGUAAUGGUUACAUUAUCAGGGGAAUGAACAAUGUGCACAUUCAGAGUACAUGUGCACAUGUAUUACGGGUUGCACACUUUGUGUGCUUGUAUGUAUGCAUGCAUGCAUGCAUGUGUGCUUGUGUAUGUAUAUAUAUAUAUAUAUAUAUAUGUGAGUGUGUGUUUGUGUGCGUGUGUGUGUGUGUGUGUAUACAUAUAUGUACCUAUAUAUGAAUAUAUAUAUAUAUAUAUAUAUACAGAUGAUGAUAUGGGUGGCUAAUUAACAAUUUUACAACCUAAAGGCAGAAAUACAUGCAUCACUAAAGUGACAAAGGGCAUGGAUCAGCAGCAGUAUUGCUAGAAAUAAGAGU